CAGAAAUGUUUAUGAAUUCUUGGAGGUAUGGACGUCCACUGAACAAAGCUUCUUGUCCUAACUUCUCACGACCGUCAGAUGGGACGACAACCCACGCGUCGCAAUCUCCUGAAUUCAACGGUCAACUUCUCAGGCGAACCAAGGUGCACGACGCAAGCACCGCUGCGUUUAUGACUGGAAGUCAAAGCCUGUAGUCGAAGUAAAGUUACACAGUAGGAAGGAAGGAAACAACUUUACCCAGGAGAGAUUGCAUAAUCUUUUAUGGGAUUCACAGAGGAUACAGAUUUUAUAUUCUAUAUUCGCCUACUUCUCUAAUCGCUUCCUCCUUUUUCGAUUCAGAAUCUUCUUCAAAGACUUUCUCUCAGUCAACUCUUCUUUUGUCACGGAAACCACUGUACAAAUAUGUGUUUUUUGGGAUAUGGGCUUUAUAUCUUUACAUUUCUCGGCGCCUUCAACUUGGAAUUCAUAAUUCAAAAGUGCAAGGGCGAAUUGCAGGAGGAGUUGGGACUAUCAACGAUGAGGUUCAGUAAUCGUAACUGGGAAUUUGGAUUUUAAAGGAAUCAAAGGGAAUUGCAGGAGGUUCUUCUGAUGAGAAAUGGGAGAAAACGUAAUUGGAAAAGCGGCGGCUAUGCACACGGCAAUGAAUUCUGUGCAAGCUCUGGGAAGAGGAUUCGAUGUGAACUUCGAUACUAGAUUACUGUACUGUAAAGGUUUACCGGGGUCUAGGGUUGUCCAGAUUGAUGAAGAACAUACUAGAAAUCUCUAUUUGUACGAUGAUAUUGAACUGCCCAGUAUUUCCAGAGAUAUCAACAGGUCUCAUGGUUCUAAGAGUCGCCAGAGUUCUGGUGUUUGCACUUUCUAUGAGAUGGUGGAGUACUAUAAUGAAAAGGCUAAUAUAUCUGGAGUUUUUCCCCUUGGUAGCUUCAAUUCUGCAUUUAGCUUUACAGGCUCUCAGCAUAUUGAUGCUGCAGCAACAAAGUCCCUCUCAGUGGAUGGAUUUUAUCUUCCGCUUGCAAAGCUCCAACUUAUGAAUUCCCCAUUAUUGUUGCAGGAAAAUGUCAAACAGGCUGUUCCAAAUUGUUGGGACCCUUCAUCCUUAGCAAGCUUCAUUGAAAAUUUUGGAACGCAUGUUAUAACUUCAGUGACCAUUGGUGGUAAGGAUAUGAUAUAUGUUAAACAACAUCAGUCAUCCCCUUUGUCAACCAUGGAGAUUAAAAACUAUGUUCAGGAUAUUGGGAAUCAGAGGUUCUUCGACACAGAGGAUCACACGAGUUCAGGUCCAAUGAAAACAAAGGACAAGGGCGGUGAUUCUGGCAUAUUUAACAGCCAAGGAAUAUAUCCACAACCCACAAGUGCUCCAUAUCUUACUGGGAAAGAAGAUGUCACUGUCAUUUUCCGGAGGAGAGGAGGAGAUGAUCUGGAGCAAAAUCACAGCUGCUGGGAAAAUACUGUGAAAGGUUCUCCAGUUGUCAUUGAGAUGAAUUUUAUUCCUAUCACAGAUCUCAUUAAUGGGGCACCUGGAAAAGAGCAUCUAACUCGUGCAAUUGGUCUAUACCUUGAAUACAAGCCCCCGAUUGAAGAGCUGAGAUAUUUUCUGGAGUUUCAGAUUCCUCGAAUAUGGGCUCCUGUACAGGAAAAUGUUCCAGGCCACCAAAGAAAGGAACCUGUUUGUCCAUCUUUACAAUUCAGCAUGAUGGGACCAAAUCUUUAUGUAAGCCAGGAGCAGGUCUUGGUCGGACGUAAGCCUGUUACGGGCAUGCAAUUAUCUCUUGAAGGAGCUAAGCAUAAUCGGCUAAGUAUUCAUAUUCAACACGUUAUGUCCUGUCCUAAAAUCCUUCUUCCAUACUGGGACACCCAUGUUCCAAUUGGUGCUUCCAAGUGGCAGGGACCUGAGGAGCAGGAUAGUCGAUGGUUUGAGCCAGUUAAAUGGAAGAAGUUCUCUCAUGUAAGCACUGUACCAAUUGAGAACCCUGAAAGCUUUAUAGGUGAUCUCUCUGGUGUAUACAUAGUCACAGGAGCUCAGCUUGGAGUGUGGGAUUUUGGGUCGAGAAAAGUCUUAUACAUGAAACUUCUGUAUUCCAGACUACCUGGCUGCACCAUUCGAAGAUCUCUGUGGGAUCAUGUCCCAAAUGACAAGGCAAAGAAAGUCCGUGCUGUAAAUAAUACCAGCUCGGGUGACUCAAGUUCAGGUUCAAUAGAAAACACUGUGGGCAAGAAGUUGGCAAAGUUUGUAGAUAUGUCUGAGAUGAGCAAGGGGCCGCAAGAUCCUCCAGGCCAUUGGUUGGUUACUGGAGGAAAGCUUGGUGUGGAGAAAGGUAAAAUUGUUCUGAGAGUGAAAUAUUCAUUGCUGAAUUACUAAGCUCACAGUUGCGUUUGCAUGAUGAUGUGCAAUGGUAUGUUAACAUCCAUCCAUAUAAACCACUGCUACUAUGAGCCCCUGACUUGGGAGGAUAUGCAAGUAGGUGCUUUUUGGGGUGGGGUUUCUCCCAAUUUCAGAGACCAGUUCUGUUUUCUUGGUUAUCUGUGAAUUUUUGUAGAGAAGUUUAAUUUCUCCUUAUUGAGUGAUGAAAGGAUGUAGAGUUUGUCUUUCAAUGAGAUAGUUCAUAUAUUUAUAAUACACUUAGAAUUCUUUCGUGCA